CAUUGCUGCUGCCCCUGUCACUCAUAUACCCUUCUCAUAACUCUUUUACGGCGUUGACCAAGGCAUUGAUAUUGUCGCGUCCCAAAUAGGCUUGAAGGAGAACCUAGUUGGUGAACUUUGAGAGUUUCGGGUUCCGCUUCCGAUUCCUAUCCACUCCUCCCUUUUAGGAGCAAGCACCUGGUGGUGUCAUUUCCUGGUACUGCAAUUCUUUAUCUCUUACGGUAGUAUGCUUAGGCCCCCCCUGGUCUUAUAACCUAUACCUCCCCCCGUCGCUUAAGCAAGCCUCACCCGUUAAACCUCGUCACUAGGAGAUGUUUAAGUUCCUUGGACCUUGACAGUGUCAAGUAAAAUAAAAAUAAAAAUUACCGACGCGUCCUACUUCGUCUUCUCUUUCAUGGUUGUCCUUACUAUUUGGCUUUGACAUUUCAGAGUUCAGGACUAAUGGUUGUCUCCUCUAUGCAGCAUCAUCCCCACCACUCGCAGGGUCCGGCGCCUCCCCAGCACCUCCAACAUCCUCGGCCCUCGAGUAUCGUUCACCAACAGCAUCAUCAGGCGCCUCAACAGCCAUCGCAACAUCCUUCCGCCUACUCAUCAACACACUCGAUACAGCCAACCUACCAGCAGACCGGACACGCACCUGGCGCUCAGCACGCGCAAGAUUUGCCUUACUACGCUCACCAGAGCCCUUACAGCACUCCAGGCACGACAAGCGGAUAUACAUCCGCAGACACCUCCGAUAUGAUGGCCGCAGCUCAAAUGCCCCGACCAUACCCUCCGAUGUCGUAUCAUACGCCUCAAUCCAACUCUCCAGCUUCCGUCGCGUCGCCGUCUGGCCAUGAUCAACACAGAAGUAUCUAUGGCCAGCCAACUUCGCAGCUCCAGCCUCAAUCCAUGUACUAUGGCGCGCAGCAACCGCAAUACUCCUCUCUGCCACCGCAGGCGCCUUCUCCCUACCAGCAGCAUGCUCAGCAGCCGCAUCAAUCUAUGGCUUCGCAGCCGAACAUGAUGAUGUCGCACACAGCCCCGCAACACCAGAUGACGCAACACGCAAGUCAACACGCUCAGACGGGAAUGACUGGGAGUCCUAGGCACACCAAGAUGGAGCCACAGAUGCCUCCGCAAUUGCAAAGACCUACGCCCGGUCCUCUAGGAAACUCACAGCAGAGCCAGAACGGCGGACAACUGUCAACUCCUACCGGAUCUUCGACUCCUGGCGGUGUUAACAACAACGCAGCUCCGGGACCAAUUCCCGCGACUACUCCGCUAGUUGUAAGGCAAGAUAACAAUGGUGUGCAAUGGAUCGCGUUCGAGUAUUCCCGCGAUCGCGUAAAGAUGGAAUAUACAAUUCGAUGUGAUGUCGAGUCUGUGAACACGGAUGAGCUUAGCAGCGACUUCAAGACAGAGAACUGCGUCUAUCCAAGAGCCUGCUGCCCCAAAGACCAAUAUCGCGGAAACCGGCUCCAAUACGAGACUGAGUGCAACACGGUUGGAUGGGCGCUGGCACAGCUCAACCCCUGCCUUCGUGGAAAGAGAGGUCUAAUUCAGAGAGCAGUCGACAGCUGGCGAAACAGCAACCAGGACCCCAGACUGCGAAGUCGACGCGUUCGUCGAAUGGCCAAGAUGAACAAUCGCAAGGCGGUUCAAACACCUCAUUCCACACAUAUGCCUGGUCCCAGUGGUCCGGCAGGGAUGACAACCCCUGGACCUAUUGGCCCCGGCGCCGCGCCCAUGGGGAAACCGGGGAUGAGCGGCAUGGGCCCGCAGAUGCAUCAUCACCAUGCUCACGAAGGAAACGCUCAGGGCGGAGGAGACGAAGUCGGGGAUGGAGAGUACGUGGAUGGAUCCCAUCAUCACCAUCACCAAGCACCUACCGGCCCCGGAUCUGGAUCCUCGGACGACGUUCGUCAAGCUCAGAUCUUUACCGGCUACCCCCAGCAAUACCCUAGUCAUCCCACAUCUGGAUCAUCAUCCAUGCCACCGAUUCACGAUGGCCUUGGCGGUUCUCACCAAAGCACCAUUGUAGCUCGGCGCAAUAGCAGAGAUGAUGACAAGGUCCCGGAAGGCUUGUUCCCUGAUAUACCGGAUGCUAAGAAGCGAAAGUUCAUCCUCGUUGAAGAUAACAAACGCACCUCUCGCCUACGGGUGCGCGUCACACUUGAAAAUGUAAAUCCCAAGGAAAUUCCCGACUCGUUUCGUAAAAGCUCGGCCGUAUUCCCGCGCAGCUACUUCCCACGCGAGAUGCAAAGUCCACCUCCGAGCGCCACAGGCAGCCAAUUCUUUGAAGACGAUCUAAGCGACGAUGGAGUUGAGGUCGAAGGUGGUCGAACUGGACGGGCCCGAAGAAGCAAUGUUAGGGAGCGCGUCAUGGUCAAAGCGCCUAUGUCGGAUGGGAAUGAAGCGGAUGUUGCUAUUCCUCGGAUCCGAAGAGGCGCGCGUUUAAAGGAAGUACGGAUUAACGACCUAGCUUACCGCAUGGCAUGGCUUCAUAGUCGUGUUUUCGCUGGUAAGCCCGUCUUCCUACAACGAGCUCUUGACUGUUACCGCAACAAGACCUGCACCGCAAUUGAGGGCGUUACACAAGACGUUAGAACUACGGUACCUCACUACGAAACGCGAGUGGGCAAGCGAAGAUGGGGCGAGCGAAUGCGCCGAAGCGAGAAGCGGGAUGACGAGUCUUGAAUCUAAAGCCAUCUUACUUCCUACUGCGCAGAGCAAAUGAUACCCGACCAGCGACUGACAUCACUAUCUUAUCUACCCAUCACAUCACAUCUCUUCUCUUAUCAAGGGUGUAUCCCCCCUGGUUCUAUAUUUCUACACGUGUGCUCUGGUAGGAUCUCUUCCUUUCGAUAUAGGGCGCACAAAACAAUCGCUUUCUUCGCACAUAUGCUGCCUGCGCCUUGCGCAUGUAUUAUAUUCGCGCUUCAUAGAUUCGCCGAAGUUAAUGACGAU